AUCUCCCGUGCCGGAGCGCGCGCACCAACGCGGGAGCGCGCGCCACCGAUCCAAGGACAGAGCGGCGGGCUCGCGGGUAUCAGGUCACCUGGAAGUCCUCGAGCAUCGCCAGCGCGUCCACACGCGCCGCGCGGAACCGGGUCAGUUCAGCCCAGCGGACGAGAACCGAACCCUCACCGCGCUCCUGUGAGAAUCAACAGGGUUCAGGUUCAGGUCCGGCAGGGAGCACGACCGGAACCUCUCUCACAUCUCAGACAGGUGUCAGCGAACCCAACGGCGCCAGAGCCGAACCAGGUGGAGACGGAUCAACAGGAGACCGAUCGAAAGACGCAUUCCUAAACCCGCCGUGACUUAGAACCAGAACCUGAACCAUGGAGGUGCGCAGCGUGCUCCUGCUGGCGGUGCUGCAGUGCUGCUCCGUGGCGCUGUGUGGCUGCGAGCCCCGCCUGGUCAACGUCGGCGCCGUCCUGAGUCAGAAGCGCUACGAGCAGGUGUUCAAGGAGGCGGUGAGUCAGGCCAACGCUCUCUACGGCAAGGACAAGUUCAAGAUGAACGCCAUCUCCGUCACACACAAACCCAACGCCAUUCAGAUGGCGCUGUCCGUCUGCGAGGACCUGAUCUCCAACCAGGUGUACGCAAUCCUGGUUAGUCAUCCUCCUCAGUCCAACGACCAUCUGACUCCAACGCCUGUCUCUUAUACGGCCGGCUUCUACCGCAUUCCUGUCGUUGGCCUAACAACUCGCAUGUCCAUCUACUCGGAUAAGAGCAUCCACUUGUCAUUCCUGAGGACGGUGCCCCCGUACUCACACCAGGCUCAGGUGUGGUUCGACCUCAUGAGAGAGUUCAGGUGGAACCACAUUAUCCUGAUUGUCAGCGAUGACCACGAGGGCCGAGCCGCCCAGAAGAAGCUGGAGACACUGCUUGAAGAGCGCGAGACAAAGACUAAAAACAGGAACUAUGAAAACCUCGACCAACAGAACUUUGACUUCAGGAGAACACCCAAGGCAGAGAAAGUUCUGCUGUUCAACCAGGACACCAACCUGACAGCUCUGCUGCUGGAAGCCAGAGACCUUGAGGCCAGAGUUAUUAUCCUCUCAGCAAGCGAGGACGAGGCUGCAGCCGUCUAUAAGGCAGCCCGGCAGCUCAACAUGACCGGCUCUGGUUACGUGUGGCUGGUCGGGGAGAGGGAGAUGAACGGCAAGGCUCUGAAUGAAGCUCCAGACGGCCUGCUGGGCCUCCAACUGAUCAACGGUAAGAACGAGUCAGCUCACAUUGCGGACGCCGUCGCCGUGGUUGCUCAGUCUCUGCAGGAAUUGUUUGAGAAAGAGAACAUCACAGAGCCCCCGCGAGGAUGCGUAGGAAACACUAAUAUCUGGAGGACCGGCCCGCUCUUCAAAAGAGUGCUGAUGUCAUCAAAGUACCCUGAUGGGUUGACGGGCCGAAUCGAGUUCAAUGACGACGGAGAUCGGCGCUUCGCUACCUACAGCAUCCUUAAUUAUCAGCAGAAACCCGGCCGUGUUGUCCAGGUUGGAAUCUUCAACGGAACUCAGGUUGUGAUGAAUCCUCAGAGGAAGAUCAUCUGGCCUGGAGGAGAGACAGAGAAACCAGUGGGAUACCAGAUGUCAACCAAGCUGAAGAUCGUGACCAUCCACCAGGAGCCGUUUGUUUAUGUGAAGCCAACAAAGAGCGACGGAACGUGCAAAGAAGAAUACACUGUAAAUGGAGUCCUGAUAAAGAAAGUGAUCUGUACUGGACCCAACGGGACCAUACCAGGUCAACCCAUCGUCCCUCAGUGCUGCUAUGGCUUCUGCAUUGACCUGCUCAUCAAGCUGGCUAUGAGCAUGAACUUCACCUAUGAGGUGCACCUGGUGGCUGAUGGGAAGUUCGGCACGCAAGAGCGGGUAAACAACAGCAACAAGAAAGAGUGGAACGGGAUGAUGGGGGAGCUGCUGGGGGGGCUAGCCGACAUGAUCGUGGCCCCCCUCACCAUCAACAACGAGCGCGCUCAAUACAUUGAGUUCUCCAAGCCCUUCAAAUACCAGGGGCUCACCAUCCUCGUCAAGAAGGAAAUCCCUCGCAGCACUCUGGACUCGUUCAUGCAGCCUUUCCAGAGCACACUGUGGCUUUUAGUCGGUCUGUCGGUCCAUGUGGUGGCAGUGAUGCUUUACCUACUAGACCGGUUCAGCCCGUUUGGAAGGUUCAAAGUGAACAGCGAAGAAGAAGAAGAAGACGCCCUCACCUUGUCCUCCGCCAUGUGGUUCUCUUGGGGAGUUUUGCUGAACUCUGGGAUCGGAGAAGGAGCUCCCAGGAGCUUCUCAGCUAGGAUCCUGGGGAUGGUGUGGGCAGGUUUUGCCAUGAUCAUCGUAGCAUCGUACACUGCCAAUCUGGCAGCCUUCCUGGUGCUGGACCGGCCUGAGGAGCGCAUCACUGGCAUCAAUGACCCCAGGCUGCGUAACCCAUCAGAUAAGUUCAUCUACGCCACAGUGAAGCAGAGCUCGGUGGAUAUUUACUUCAGACGGCAGGUGGAACUGAGCACCAUGUACCGGCACAUGGAGAAACACAACUAUGAGAGCGCCGCUGAGGCCAUCCAGGCUGUCCGAGACAACAAGCUUCACGCCUUCAUCUGGGACAGUGCUGUGUUGGAGUUUGAGGCUUCACAGAAGUGCGAUCUGGUAACAACGGGAGAGCUUUUCUUCCGCUCAGGCUUCGGGAUUGGAAUGAGGAAAGACAGCCCGUGGAAACAGAACGUUUCUCUGGCCAUUCUCAGCUCACAUGAGAACGGCUUCAUGGAGGAUCUUGACAAGACUUGGGUGCGAUACCAGGAGUGCGACUCCAGGAGUAAUGCUCCUGCGACUCUCACCUUCGAGAACAUGGCAGGUGUGUUCAUGCUGGUCGCCGGCGGCAUCGUGGCGGGGAUCUUCCUCAUUUUCAUCGAGAUCGCUUACAAACGUCACAAAGACGCUCGCAGGAAACAGAUGCAGCUGGCCUUCGCUGCCGUGAACGUGUGGAGGAAGAACCUGCAGGAUAGGAAAAGUGGUAGAGCAGAGCCCGAGCCCAAAACCUCUUUUAGGUCCAUCACUUCGACCUCCGACCUCAAACGCCGUAUGGCCCCCGGGGACGCCACGCCGUACCCGACUGACAUCACCGGCCAGCUCAACCUAUCAGACCCGUCCGUCAGCACCGUGGUCUAAGAGAGGCUGAGAGGGGAGUGCGAGUGAGCUUCACUGCUGCUGCUGCUGAGCCACACACACAGAAACACACACACACACACACCGUGCCUAAACACACAUUGCUAACACAGACGGACAGGAAGAGGACAGGAUGGCUGCAGGUCACUGAGCCAGCUCACCCAAACCAACAGUCAUGAGGACUGAGGCCAUCAUGAGUUUCCCGCCUUAAAGCUUUGAGCUAAAAGAAGCCGACCGGUCAAAAUGUCUCCAAAAAGAGUCCCUGAUGUCCCCAUAGUGCACAGCAACAUGUGCUCAAAUAUUCAGUUCAGGUUCAAAAAUCUUCUUGACCUGACUCCCAUUCAGGAGAUGUCUCUAUAGGGCCAGCUGAUAGAUUACCCCAUUUUCUGCACUACAGGCCACACUAGAUAAUAAGGCUCACUUUUUAACUCAUUUCAUUUACUAGGCGUACCAAACUACAAGACUCAUUUAGGGACACAAGAGAGUCAGAGAUAGGUCCAUCAGUCAGACUUUAUUAAGUGCAUUCACAGCAAGUCUAUGCCACACGUUAACCACGUUAGAAGCGUUAGCUGCAUAGUCACAGUUAGCAUAUUCACAACCUGUAACUCUCAACGUAAAAAACAAACUAAUACCGCUAAAACAAAUGUUACUGGGACUUCACUAACUCCCAAUCUUUUUAGUAACAUGCAGUAAAAAAACCCAGUCCGACACUUAUAAUUAUAUAACAUAUUCACAACCCGUAACUUCUAACUUUGUUUGUAACAUGUAAAAACAGACUGAUACCGCUAAAACCAACGUUACUGUGACUUUGCUAACUCCCUACAUUGUUAGGAAUAUGCAAUAAAACCACGGUCCAACACUGCUACGCUUUAGCCGUGUUAGCGUAUUAACAGCCUAUGACUCCUAACCUCGUUUGGAACACGUAAAAACAGCCUAAUACCGCUAAAACAAAUGUUACUGUGACUUUGCCACCUCCCAACAUUGUCAGUAACGUGCAA